ACCCAUUUGCCAUUGCAAUCUCGCUCUCAUUGAAACUGGGCCGCGGACCUCAUCACAGUCAUUGAAGUCGGCACGACUUCUGCGACGAUGACCUCCAUCACCUCCGUGGAGUUGAAUUUCGUAGUCUUUCGUUACCUUCAGUAAUCAGGCGGAUUAUGUUCAAGAAUACAGCAGCUAUGUGGGAUUUAUGAGGGAUGGAGCACAGUGGUUUGUGGAGAACACAGACAUUAAACUUGUUGGAAAUGAUGACCCCCUCCAAGGAGAAAUAGCAUGGAAUAGGACGCCACGAGAGCUUGGUCUUUCAGCUUAUGCUCUUCAACAACUUGGUGGUUCACAUGCUGCUACACCAAACCAAAUUAGAGAAUUAAUGAAGGUUGAUGGGCUUACUAAUGAUGAAGUCAAAAGCCAUUUGCAGGUUUGUAUAUGUGAUUAUCCAUCUGUUUUUAAUCGUAAUUUGGCUGAUGUGAAUAAAAUUUUAUACAAUCAUGACGGAAAUUGCAAGCCAUUUUGCAUGCUAUUAGUGGUGAAUCUUUUUACACAUACAUGUGAUUAUCCUCGUUAAAUAUAUUUUUUUUAAACAUGUAUUUUCGUAUUAAAAAAAGGGCACAUUUUGAGCUUUCGCACUGGGCACCAACAAACUCAGGACCGGCCCUGGUCUUACCAUGGACUUAACUGUAAAGUCGUUUAUCCAACGAAAAUGCAAUCAGAGAACAAUGUGAAGUAAGAUCAUCGAAGAGGAGAUUGAUAUGCUCAAAGAUGCUAAUUUCAUUAUUGAGGUCCACUACCCAGACUUGCUGGCCAAUGUGGUGCUUGUGCAAAAGAAGAACAGAAAAUGAAGAAUAUGUGUCGACUUUUCUUAUUUAAACAAAGCAUGUCCCAAAAACCCUUAUAUUUUGCCUCAGAUUGACUUAUUAGUCAAUUUCACAACAGGGCACGAGCAGUUAAGCUUUAUGGAUGCUUAUUCCAACUACAAGCCAGAUAUGGGUAAACAUCAUUUUGGGCUUAAAAACAUAGGGGCAUCUAUCUGAGGCUAGCCAACUAGAUAUUCAAGGAAAAGAUUGGAGAAACGAUGGAAGUAUACAUCAAUAAAGUAGUAGUUAAGAGCAAAGAAAGAAAUACCAUUUCACUCACCUCUAAGAAUAUUUCAACCUACUCUAGAAGUACAAUGUGAAGCUCAAUCCAAAAUAGUGCACUUCUGGAGUAGCGUCAUGAAAGUUCUUAGGCCAUAUGGUCACAAAGCACGGAAAUCAAACCAAUUUGGACCAGAUCAAGGAGAUCAUGAAAAUGAAGUCGCCUUGAAGGAAAUCCAGAGCUUGGCUUAAAGGCAGCUAUUCUCAGUCGAUUCCACUUACGGUCCACUGACAAGUGCUAACCCUUCUUUACUAUAAUAAAGAAGAACAAAUUCCUACUCUGAACAGUUGAAUUUGAAGAAACUUUCAUGAAGUUAAGGGAAUACAUGCCUGAUUCACCACUCUUAUCCAAAACAGUGGGUGGGUAAGACCUGCACUUAUUUUUGGUAGUGUCAGACUGCGGUCAGUGACACUCUAAUUCAAGAAGACUCAAGGAAGCAGAAACUGAUAUAUAUAACACAAAACUUAUACAUUUAUAUUGCCCCUAUUUCCGAAGUUUUAUGCUAUGUUUUCUUGUGAAAUUGGUUGUUUGAUGUGUCUAGUCCGUAUUUUGUAAAUAAUGGACCGUAGAGAAGACUUUAGAGUCUUUUGGUGAUUUUAAGGCUAAAAAUGAUCAAGGUUGUAAAGAACUGAAGUCAAGAAGUAUUCCAACGAUUAGUAGAUGCUAAUUUUUUCAAUCCGCAAUUUAAUGGCUGUUGUUUGGGAAUUAUAACUGGAGCUGGAAGGUGUUUCGCAGAACUGUCAUUUUUGUUGGGACAUCACAAAUUCAUCAGGAUGAACUAGGUGUUGUGUCACAUAUGUACGGAAAUCUCUGGAUGUCUAGUUUCAGUAAAAUUUUACAGGUCAUAAUUCUGAUGCUUCUAGAAGAAAUUAUACCUGUUUUAGUGCAAGGAGGUUGGUUUAGGAAUUCUGCGAUAUUAUUUGUCUAAUGAUAUUGGGACUUCUGUUUAGGGGAAUUCAACAAUUGCAGCAAAGGUUUACUGAAACUCUAUAUUCCUUGGGCAUUUAUUUAAAAUGGAAAGGAGCAAUAGUGUGAAAGGAAGGGACUGACAUCAUCAGAUUGCUUAGAGGAUUGACCUAAGGAGGAAGCUAGACGCCAAGGGGUUCUCUAAGGGUUUUUCAAUAUCUUUCUCAGACUUUGUACUUAUGACUUUCAUAAUUAUGAUUUCCUAUAAUUUGUUGGCUAUGAGUAACUAAAUGCUUUACUAGGGAUUCGAUGUAGCCUUCAUGAUGGUUCUAUAUCUUAGUUAACUUUAUUCUUUUAUCAAUUUAAAGGUUUCUAGUUUCAUUCAUUGUGCUAAAAUCAUUCUUUAUGUUCAUGUUAUUGAUUAGCUACCUUUAAUAUAAAUUUUUAGAUGUAUGAGACAAGGUUAUAGUAGAUGCCAUACGCUUAGCCUUGAGAUAGCUCUCUUGGAUGAAUGAAUUGUUGUUGAUGCAAAUGAUAUGCUAAGACACUUUUUGGUUUUCUUUGUUAUUCUUGCACUUAAUGGAUUUUUGAUUAUUGACUUAGACUAGACGCCAUGGUUAAGUUGAUAAUUAAAAGUACUUGGUUAUACCGGACGCCUAACGGACAAUCAUAAUAAAGAAAGAACGAACCCUAGAACCUGAAUUGAAUUGUUCUUACUAAGUUAUUUAAUGACAUAGAAUUGGAUUGAUUUGGUGAAAUCGGAUACCUAGUGUUUCAACCAUUGUUUUCAGAAAUUAUUUAAACACAUUCUCUUUUUAAUUUAUUGCACUUUAGAUUACUUGAUCAACUUCUCUUUGGUUAAUUAUUUAAACUUCAUAGUUUAGUUGUUUUUGUUAUUUCUAUUCUUGUGGGUACUGCAUAAUUGGACUUAGCUCCAGUUUGGGGUUGAGGUGCUUUAAAAAAAAGCUCCUAUGAAAAAAAGCCCAAAGGGAUUAGGUGUUUGGUAAACUUUGAAAAUCAGCUUUUUUUCAAAGUUUGAGAUCAAAAUAAGCCAAAAUGGGGAAGCUGCAAAUAGCAGCUUCCAAAAGCCCAAAGCGGCUUUGAAGAGAAAAAACACGGGUGAACAGUAAAAAAGUUAAUGAAAUUUUUGAAUAACCCAAAAUUACCCCAAGACAGGUCUCUCUCGUAAACCCUAAAAUUUUCUCGCCUCAGCUCUCUCUCGUAUGUAGCCACUGCACCUCUUCCUCCUCACUGCCCUCUCGAAGAAAAGGUUGCGGCGUCGACCACCUUCUCAAUUUUCCCAAGACCAGACGGUGCUUCCUCCCGUCUAUUAAUCUCCACCGCCACGGUUUCAUCUUCUCCGUCUUGCUCUAGUUGGUAUCGAUGGCAAAGAAGGGGGCAUCUUCAUCAAAUCCUGUGGCUACAUGGAAUGCCCACAAUAUAUCUAUAUUUUGUGAUGUUUGCAUCAAGGAGGUUGAGGCCGAACAUCGUCCGGGUACUCACUUUGACAAAGAUGGAUAUGCAAAUAUUAGAGCUAACUUCAAGGCAGAGACAGGGCAUGAUUAUGAUAGAAAGCAACUGAAAAAUAAGUGGGAUGCACUUAAAAUUGAGUGGAAGUUGUGGAAAGAGCUAAUUGGUAAAGAAACUGGCCUAGGGUGGAAUUCGAGCAAGGGCACCGUUGAUGCCUCUGAGGAGUGGUGGAAUAAUAAAAUUCAGAUAAACAAAGAAUAUGGAAAAUUGCGGAAAAAAGGCAUUAGUCCUGAGAUGGAGGAUAAGUUAGAUAGGAUGUUCUCGAACACAGUUGCUACCGGUGAACAUGCUUGGGCACCUUCAUCUGGAGUACUACCACCAGAGUCAAGAGAUGAAUCUAUAGGGCAAAUUGAUUUGGAUGAUGAGGAAGAAAGUGAGACCAUGCAGGAUCUAAGGCAAGCUACUAGGAAGGGGAAAAAAAGAGCGACCAACCAAGGAGAUUUUCAAAAGAAGAAGGUUGAUAAGAAGGGGAAAAAAAAAUUGGAGGUGCUGCAAAAACUUUCUGGUCAAAUUGACCGUCUUGUUGAAGUUUAUGAAAGUAGGAGUUCUGCAAACUCAUUGAUGAGGCCGCCGCAUAUAGGCUGUAGUAUUGCGGAAGCGAUAGCAUCUGUUGCACAAUUGCCUGGUUGUGAGCCACCUAGCGAGUUAUGGUUGUUUGCUACAUGUUUAUUUUGUAGUACAGAGAAGCGAGAGGUGUUUGCCACUAUGACUAAUCCUGAAGUGCAGCUGACUUGGUUGAAAUAUAUGUUCAACAAACAACAAUAGAGAGCUAAAACUAUGAAUUAGGACUAUUUGUGGUUUGUACUUUGCAUUAGGAUUAUGUGUUGAAUGUUGCUUGUAUUUUGUGUUUAUUGAAUGUUGGAUUAUAUGUUGAAUGUUGGAUUAUGAUUUUUUAUUAAACGUUGGAUUAUUCUUGAA